CCAGUAUUUUAGCCAACGCAUCACACGUUUAUUAGGGUCCCAGGCAGGAGGAAACCAACUUACUCUGAAAUCUUAACUCAAAGGGUUUUCUUUUUUCACUUCAUCUUAUCAUUGAUAUUGUGAGUUAAAAAUGUGUUUACGCUGAUUUUCAUCCCAAUAUUUUGUUACUUCUUCAGAGACACAUUGCCCUCUGGACAUUGCAUGCAAUGGAGGUACAAAAUCGGACCACAGUGACUGAAUUUACGCUGACUGCCUUCCCUGUGCUCCAGGACCUUCAGAUUUCCCUUUUCUUGUUUCUCUUGUUCACUUACAUGCUUACUCUAAUAGGAAAUAUUGUCAUCAUAUCUCUAAUAUGGGUUGAUCAUCGCCUGCAAACCCCAAUGUACUUCUUCCUCAGUAAUUUGUCAUUUUUGGACAUUUUAUACACGACCUCAGUUACCCCAAAGCUCUUAACUUGCCUCCUAGAAGACAGGAAAACCAUAUCUUUUGCUGGCUGCAUCACCCAAACAUACUUCUUUUUUUUCCUGGGGACAGUGGAGUUUAUCCUCCUGGCAGUGAUGUCCUUUGACCGCUAUGUGGCCAUCUGUAACCCCCUGCGAUACCCCAUGAUCAUGAACAGCAGGGCCUGCCUCCAGCUGGUUCUGGGCUGUUGGGUGGGAGCCUUUCUGUCAGUGCUCUGCCCAACCAUUGUUGUGUCCCGAUUGCCUUUCUGUUACAAAGAAAUUAAUCACUUCUUCUGUGACAUUGCCCCUCUGCUACAGGCGUCCUGUAUUGAUACUCAUUUCAUUGAGAUGGUAAACUUUUUGUUAUCUUCCCUCAUCCUCCUGACCUCCCUGCUGCUCACCACCAUUUCCUACACCUACAUCAUUUCUACCAUCCUGCGCAUCCCCUCAGCCCAAGGCCGUCACAAGGCCUUCUCCACCUGUGCUUCUCACAUCACUGUUGUCUCCAUUGCCUAUGGGAGCAACAUCUUCAUGUAUGUGCGGCCCAGCCAGGACUACUCACUGGAUUUUGACAAAGUGACAGCUGUUCUCACUACAAUGGUGACCCCUCUUCUGAACCCCUUCAUUUAUAGCCUCAGGAAUGAAAAGGUAAAAGAAGUUGUGCGAGAAGCGGUGAACCAAAUUAUGUCCUUGUGUAGGAGAACUUGAAACUUCAAUGCACAGGGGGAACUUGAGAGUUUAUUUGCUAAGAAUGGCAACUUUCAACACUGGGACUCACUGUGCAAAGGGGCAUGUCUGAAGACCAUAAAAUCAAGUAUCUGUGGGAAGAUAGGAAAAGGCUUCACGCCACAUCAGAUGUGAAGAAGCAUUGUGGUCAAGCUCCAGAGGUGGCAACUCAGCCAUAGACAAAAUAGCAUGUCCUAAGCACUGUCGUUGGACCAUCUAACACACAGAAAAUCAUGGGUCAGUGAAAAAUACUGAACUAAAGUCAGAAAAACUGAAUAUGAAACCUGGAUUUACAACUUUUAUCUGGUUACACUUAGCCUAUCUGAACCUUAGUUUUUCAUCUGUAAAAUGGGGACUAUAGUUUAUGUUUUUUCUUUUACUUUUUGUUAUUGUAGGCUUAACUUAGAUGGUCCAAGAAAUAUAACCACAUAUAGUUGAA